UACCUUCCCUGCCUGCUUCUAGGGCUCUUUUAAAGGCCUCUGGCUCUCUACCAGAAACAAAGUGUGAGUGCCUAUUGAAACAGUCCCUUGCAGUCAGGCAGAAUUUCUUCUCUGUGGGAGCAGCUGCUUUUGCUCAACUUAGGCAUCCCAAGCACUUCGUACCAUCCGGUGUGUAGAGCAUGGCAGCGCAUCUGUGAGAUUGAGGAAUUAAGUCUUGAAAUAUGCUGCAGAUUUAUUCUUCGUGUUGAAUGGAUGGCUGAUGGACAGGAUUGUUUCCAUUCUGCCCUCAUCUAACUCCUUCGAGCACAUGGUGUGUGCAGAGGCCUGGCUGAGUGGCAGCAAGUGCCACCAUGCACCAUUUAUUUGGGCUGGUUUUGGCACAAAGGGACCUUUCACGUGCAGGGGAUCUUUUCUCCUUGGAUGAUGCUGAAAUCGAAGAAGGCCUCUCUGAAGCUCUUGAACAAAUAAGGACAAUUAGUUCAUCUGCUGACUACCAAACUAAUGACAACGACCAGGCCGUUGUGGAAAUCUGCAUCACUCGCAUCACCACUGCCAUCAGGGAGACGGAGUCCAUAGAGAAGCAUGGGAAGGCCCUGGUGGCUCUGUGGGAGUCGUGUCUGGAGCACAACCUGAAGCCUUCUGGCAAAGAUGAGGACACACCGCAUGCGAAAAUUGCAUCUGAUAUCAUGAGCUGCAUCUUGCAGAAUUACAGCCGCCCUUCGGUGAUGGCCUUGGCCGUCCCAGUGGCGGUGAAAUUCCUUCAGAGGGGCAAUAAGGAGCUGUGCAGAAACAUGUCAAGCUACCUCUCCCUGGCUGCCAUUGCUGAAGCAGAGCUGCUGGCUGAUCACACAGAUGCCAUUGUCAGAAGCGUCCUUCAAGGGAACUCACUGCUGCUGCGUGUCCUGCCUGCACUAUAUGAGAAGCAGCCGCAGCCGAUGGCGCACCGCCUGCCCGAGCUUCUGGCACUGAUGGGCCACCUGCAGCCGUCCGAGCAGCAGCACCUCCUGCAGCUGCUCCAGCUCAUGGCACGGAGGAAAGAGCUCAGGGUGCUGAACGAAUGUAUUCUGUGUCUACUGGGGCUUGUGAGAGAUCCCAACCACAGUGACAUUAUCCUAAACAUACUGACAGAAGUGUCUGGCUAUGACCCAACAGCCUUGGCUGCAUUUCUUCCAGAGCUAAAAGAAAUUGGAGAGAUUUUCCCACAUUUGAUUGGGCAAACAGCGAAGAUCUUUGGGGCUGUUGGACACAUUGAUGAGGAGCAAGCCAGGAAGUGCCUGAUGUAUUUGGUGAACCAGCUGGCCAACAUGGAGCACUCUUUUCACCACAUCCUUUUGCUGGAAAUUAAGAGUCUCACUGAUACGUUCUCUGGCAUCUUGGGCACCCAGAGCAGAGACAUCUACCGCAUGAGCAACAGUUUCACUGCCAUAGCCAAGCUCCUGGUGAGGCAGCUGGAGAGCAGCAGCUCAGCAUCAGCCAGGACAGAAAAUGAUACAGGCACGGUACCCCCUGUACCACUGGGCAGUUUAAAAUCUGUUGUGAAUGGAAAUGAAGAAGAUGAAAAACUUCAAGUGAAAAUACAGGCUUUUGAAGAAAAAAUAAAUAUUGACACCAGUACCCCUGGCUCAGUGAGAAGAUACAGUUUAGGCCAGGUUUCUAAAGAAGAAAGGAAGGAUAUGAGAUUUAACAGGUCCAAGAGCCUGGCUUUGCAUGCAGUCCGCAUGAAGGGGGUGAACACAGACAGCGGGCAAGACGAGGAGAAUGGGGAUGUAAGUGCUGGGAUCUCCUUCACCGAGAUCUACAUCAGCCAAGAAAAUGACAAGUUGCCUUUUAGUGUCGAUGCUGAAGAAGUGCAACUGGGAAAUUCCUUGGUUUCACACCAGAGUAUCGAUUGCACAGAAUCAGAAAGUUCUCCAGCACCUGCUGAAGGAGAGGCCCAGGAAGGAAGCACGGCGGUGGGGAAGGGUUCUGCAGAGUGCCACGACAAGCUCUAUCUGCACAUGAAGGAAAACCUGGGUAAAGUGAAAGCAUAUGUCAUGGAGAUGGGGAGGAGGAUUCCUAUCCCUGACCAUUGUGUUAUUGAAGAUACCAUGAGAAGCUGUGUAGCAAAGCUGUUCUUCAGCUGUCCCCUGAAGGGCCACUACUGCCUCUACAGCAAAUCUAGCUUCACACUGCUCAGCCCGCAGCCUCCACUGUGGAUCCACAUCAUGUUCCUCUUCCAGCAGAGCCUGUUUGCUGAACCUUUGUCAAUGCAGAGUAGUUCAGUGCAAGUCCUCAAGGCCCUGUGGGAGAAGACACAGCUCAAGGGGACCCACAGUUUUGAAACUGCCAUGAUCCAGUCUACAUUCCCACACCAAAAGGAUCUGGACCACGUGCAGAUGCACCUGGAAGAAGUGAGGUUCUUUGAUUUAUUUGGCUACAGCGAGGAAGCGGGAGCCUGGCAGUGCUUCAUGUGCAACAACCCUGAGAAGGCAACAGAAGUGAACCAGGACGGGCAGCCGCUGAUGGAAGGCAAGCUGAAGGAGAAGCAAGUCCGCUGGAAGUUCAUCAAGAGGUGGAAAACUCGCUACUUCACCCUUGCUGGAAACCAGCUGCUCUUUCGGAAAGGAAAAUCCAAAGACGACCCCGACGACUGCCCCAUUGAGCUCAGCAAGGUGCAGAGUGUCAAAGUGGUGGCCAAGAAGCGCCGGGACCGCAGCCUGCCUCGAGCCUUCGAGAUCUUUACUGACAGCAAGAGCUACGUCUUCAAGGCCAAGGAUGAGAAGAGCACGGAGGAGUGGCUGCAGUGCAUCAACGUUGCUAUCGCACAGGCCAAGGAGAGGGAGAGCAGAGAGGCCACCACGUACCUGUAGGGCUGCAGUGCUGAGCACCCCACUGCUCUGCACCCUCCAUGGG